GAGGAAGUCUACUCAUGAUCGGAGUUUUGUAACGCCUUUCUUGAUUUGCCUCAGCGGCUACGCCUUUACCCCUUUUUACUUUUUUGAAGAUCGGCUAAAGAAUACAAGCUGAAGCAAGAUGCAGCCUACACGUCGUCGUUCGGGGGGUGUGGAGGCUUUGUUGCAAAGCGGGUCGCAGAGUCUAGAUGCGCGCGACUUGGGGGACCAGCAGAGUUCGCGACGCGGCGCAGGAGCGCGCGGUAGCAUUCGAAAGGAGUCUUAUGCACCCGCCAAGGGAGCGGCUGGAAGUGGAACAAGCUCAAGCUCCAAACCAACGAAAUCGAACGGAGGCACCUCGAGUGGAGUUGCAGCUGGACCCACGGCAGGUGGGGCAUCUAGCACAAGUAGUACGAAAAGCAGCUACAAAACAAGCACCAGCGGAACUUCCGGUACAGCAGCGGCCGUGCCUAGUACUGGGAGCCAUGGCGGUGCCUCGACGACAGCAUCCACCUCGUCGCAAAGAAACAAGCAGGGCAGUGCGAUGUCUGCUUCCACACAGAAGAUCCUUAGCAACGGGAGGACGAAAUUCACCGCGGAAGAUUUUCGUGUUGGUGCAGAUUGGUGGGACCCGCUUGCGGACCUGCACAACAAGAGCAUGCUGAACGCGAUGCAGACCCGGCAUUUGGAGUGGGAACGCCUGCGCCAGAUGUCCAAACAGGAAGAACAGCGGGAAGCAGGCGGCACAGCAACUGGUGCCUCGUCGCGCAAACCCGGCGGUGUCAGAAGCAAAUUGCAGCAGGCGGUUGACGAAGCCUCGUCGUAUCGCGAAGACGAUGUAGAGACGGGAGAUGUUGACGUGACGACCUCUACGGAGAUUGGCGGAGGUGCUUCCUCAUCCGCUUCCUCAACUGUCGGGGCAGCAGAACCGCAGCAAAAACCGGAUGCUGCGACGAAAACUUCGCAGCAGAAGAAUUUGAACCACCUGCGCAUGGGAAUGGACGGGCCGAGACUUCCACCGUCGCAGCAGCACGGAAGCGACGUUCCCACGGCGAAUUUCGCUGCAACGACUUCAUCUACGGCUUUCACGCAAGGAGCAAACGGUGGCAGAGCUGCACCAAAUCUCGUCUCGUCGACAGGAUCAACAGCAGCGCCCUCUUCGUCACUUGAAGUGGGUCGCUACACGAGCAAUCAAAGUGGUGGAUUUGGUUCGUUGCAACCCGAGGGGGGGCACAUGAUCGUAGAGCGCUGGCGCAACCGCGUUGCUCCGGAUUCCGCAACGAGCAGCGUCGCCUACUUCGGACGGAGCGGUGGCGGCAGCAUGAGUGCGGGCGGCGGCGGGAUUGGAAGCAGCCUGCCGGUGGGCGAAAAUACCGCGGCACUGCAGCGCUUGAAGACCGUGUACGGAGGCGGUGGUGCCUCCGCGAGCAGCUCCUCCACGGCCGGCGCUGCUACCACGAGCAACGAGGAAGAUCAAUGGCACCAAUUACCGCGCGAAGCCGUGGACGCGAUCGCGCGCUGGAAGGUGGGCGGCUUGCCAGGGCGCGUUUGCCUGUUGCAGGUGCUUGACAGCGUUUUUGGACAAGAAGCGGACGAUGCCCAAAUGCUGUCCACCGAUCAAGAGAACAGCCGCAACCAGGCCCAGGAGGACCAACAAAUUGACCCGGAGGAAAGUGAAGCACGGGCGCGCUUGUUCGAUGAGUUCUUUUACAAAAGAAACAGCCACAAUGCGGAAUCUGCGAGUGCUUCAAACAAAGAUCCGUCCCCACUACUCCGCGCACUUUCGACCAGCACGGGACUCGGAACAAACGCCGUGUCGGCACAAAAAUUUGUGUACGAUCGCGUCUUCGCGCACCCACCAAUGGAAGCUUUGGAGUUUGCCCUGUCGCUGGUGAAGAAAGCCGCUUUGCACGCCGACGCGCUGUGUCUUGCAUUCCGCCAACUGCAGCUGCAAUUGCAAGCAAGGCCGUUUCGAGAGCGACUGUUGGUGCAGAUCCUGGCAGAACUGGUCCGGCUCCACCUCUCAUCAAGUGGCCCACCAACAAUGGGCAGCUUCACCAGUGGCGGGGCCACGUCGAGCGGUGCCGGCCCCCGUUCCACCGAGUGGACCGACCAUGCGGUAUGCGAUCUGCUGUCUGCGGAGCUCGGGCUGUCGCAAUACACCGUCGAUCCCGGUGCCCGUGGCGCACUGAACAACCCCGGCGCACGGACGACGACCCAGAACCGCUUCCGCUUCAGUUCGUCCGGCGAUAUGCAACAUCUAGGCACAACUACCGGCACAACGAACGGCCUGGGCGGAACAUCAACGGCCGCAAACGCGUCGUCCUCCAUGCAGCGCACGGUGCGCGGAGGUACGUUUAACACCCCGGGCGUUGCGGACAACAACCCGACGACUAACCGGGCUGCCCGCACGCUGAGCAACGCCUCGGAUCACCUGCUGGAUAGCGCGGUUUCGCUGGAAAAGCUCCGGGUGCAGAACGCCCAUCUGGAGUCCUACGUGAUCAAGGCCGCCCGGAUCCGCGACGAUCUGAAAUCCACGUUGGAAACGCUGGAGAACGUGGACGCCUACGCGCUUCUCGGUUUACAGAAGGAAACAGCGACUCUGGAGGACGCGAAGAAGGCCUUUCACAAGCUGGCGCGGACCGCGCACCCGGACAAGGGCGGUGAUCCCAAGGCGUUCCAGGCCAUUCAACACGCCUACAGCACGAUACAACGGAGCAAAGCGGCGUCCGGGGCGGACCACAAAAUCGAGCUUUCGAAGGAGGACGGCGCGUGUCUGGAGCCCGAAGAACUCGAACACAAGCUGGGGCAGGUGCGGAUCCUGGAAGGUAAGUAUGGGCAGUGCAACGGCAGCGAGCACAUAAAAAAUAUUUUUUGUUUUUCUUUUUGCAGCGUUUGAUCGCGGCGAGGGCCGGUUUUGGUUCGAGCGGAAGUGGUUUUGGUUUUCCUUAUUUUUCUAGCAUAUCUUUCAUUCUGUGUUUUAUGUUUAUCGACUUUUCAUCGUUUCCAUCUGAUGUCCGUAUGGGGACACCAUCUCCGCACGACAAACCUUUUCGCAGAGCAGUUAAAGGCCGCGAGGACUUACUGCACGGAAGCUUCCGAGCGUGCCGACAUCUGUGCGGACAUUGCGCACCGGAUACGAAACAUAUCUGGUUCUCGGUCCAAGAAUUUUCGGCAGUUGCGUGCGGAGCUGGUCAACGAGCUGGAGCUUUGCGCACGGCUGCGGACCUUCUUCUCCCAAACAGCCAGAUCGGCGCAAUUCGUGGCGAGGCUCGCUUCACAGGCCAUGACGCAUUUGGGAAAGGCCACCGCUGGGGAGGAUACCGAUGGUGCGACAGGGGGGCCAGAAAAAAUCGACCAGGAUAAUGCCGUGCUUUGCGAAUUCGUACAUUUCUGUUUUCCUUCUCCUCUUUACAUUUUCAGUGUUUUUCCGAUGCGCGAGAUGGUUUCCUCAGCGACAGGGCGGUGCUCUUGUUAUCGUUCCUGUACUUGCGUAUAAGAGGUACGUGGCUGACCCUGAUAGUGGUGCUCCUGCGAUUCAACAGGUGAACGCCGCCGCACUGAGCGAUCGCAUCCGCAUCUGCCGUGACGCGGCCUCCAGCUGCUUGGUCAUGUCCGAUAGCCUGGAGAAGAUCCGCAGCGCCGUGGUGGCGACGGUCGACAAGGUCGAAAAGAUAUCGGACCCGAGUGGCAGCGGCAAAACGCAAAGUGACCGCAUGGGCAAAAAGUUGCUGGUGUCAAGUUCUGAGCGGGUAGAGCAAACGGGCCGACGGGCAGCGGACGAAGCAAUCUCCUGUGCGAUGAAAGCCUCCGAUGUCGUUAAGGGCAUGGUAUCUGCCCCCUUUUGAAUGGAGCGCAUGUGUGUAACACGCAUCAGGUUUUUUUAAUUUUUGCGGGCGAGUCAGCACGACUCUUUGUUUGAAAGCGAACAUCAAGGUCUUCAAUAUCAAUUUGAACGCAAAAAAAGUUGUGCGGCUGCUAUGCUGCAAGUCGUCGUUUCACUUUUUGAUGAUUUUGAAUUUGAUCGUAUACCACAUCAAUGCCUCGGCAGAGCGCCCUGCUUCUUGAGAUGCGGGACCGGUUGAAGCGCGCAAACAAGCCCAGCGAGCCCACGGCGCCGGACGAGGGGAGCAGCGCAGAAGACGAUCCCGACCGGUCGAAGUCGAAAAAGAGCGGUGACGAAAAUAACGACUCCAGCUCGAACGAAAAGAAACUGGAGGCCACCACCAACCGACUGCGGGAACGGCACCUCGUGUUGCGCGGCAAGAACCUCAGCUUUCUUUCCCAGAUCAACGACGAAGCCCGGGACUGGCAGGGAACUCUGUUCAGCCUGGCCAGCGGGCGCAUGGAGAUCCUGGAGAAAGAGGAACUCGUGUGCCAACUCGUGGAAAUCUUCGACGUCGCCCUCUUCGAUCUUGCGCACGAGCGCGGCGAAAUCACGCAAGCAAAGUACUUAUGUCUUUUAAUGUUCUACUGGCAUGUCGGCAACAGCUCCAGAAUGACGUUCAGCGGAAUUCCGAAAAAAUACAUAGAGAUUUCUAUGGCCUGAUGAAUGUUCGAGAGUGCCAAGAAACUGUAAAACCACUUCGUUUACGUCCUACUUAAACACCUGGUCAGAGAAGCGUCUCCCUCUCCUGUGAUCAGUUUGCUCGCGGCAGCAACAUCAUAUUUUUCCUCUUUAAGUUUAAUUUCUUGAAAAAUUUAGGUUGGAGAAGCAUCUGACUUUCUUGUUGCAGCUGGACUCGCGACUGGCGGUGCCGACGGAUGUGCGCUCGAAGAUUUGUCUGAUGGUGGCCUAUGCCGAUCGGGCGCUCUUCGUGCAGCUGCUGGAAGUCCUUCGUCGGAAGCUGAUGCAGAUUCUAGUAACCAAACGCAAAGCGGCCGUCACCUCCGCUUCCAGUCAGAGCAACAAAACGCAAAUCCGGGAUUGGCUAGCUACUGCGUUCCAGCGGGUACAUGCGAAUCUCCGUGGAUUUCUCACCGUCGCAGGGUGCAACUUGGAAGAGGAGGAACAAGUAGCAACAUUCCCGACGACCAGCAUGGCAGCUGGGGCUGCUACCAUGGAUAUGACAAACCACCACUCCUCAGGACAAGAAAUUUACCUCUGAUGAGAGAAGUACUCGGUGUUCCGAUCCUCUCUACAUUCCGCAGCUUCUCCUUUGAAUUUUUGAAAACAGAAAAGCGUGGGUAUACGUAGAUACUAGGCUCAUGUGGGACAACUGCAAUCCGACGUUCAUGAUGGGCGCGAUGAACGUCAACGUUCGUUCGUAAGUACAACUAGCUUCACGAGGAAUUGUUGACUCAACCCUGCUACACGCAUUUGGACGAGUCAAGAGUGGAAUGUUCGGGUAGUCGCGCAGACAGAAUUGGAUAGAGCCAAACUUUCGUGCUUGUUCGGAAUUGCACAAGCGCCUUUUUCAGAAGCACUCGCGUUUCAUCUGUUCUUCCAAUAGUGCCACGAGCUGAAGAAGCGAAGCUUUAC